AAUAAAUGCAAGAGUAUGCAUUUAUGUAUCAAUACCUGCAUAUUUAUUUAACAUUGAUAAUGCAAGGAAAAGCUAUAACUCAUCCUCAGCUCUACAAUAAUUUUUAUUGUUUUCUUGUCAAAGAGUGGAAAUCCCAAGCUGCCAACUUUGCAGGUUCACCAUGCAAUGCAGAAUGAUGAGUUAAACGAAUACAUAUAUACGCAUGCACAUAUGUAAUAUUAUGUAAUGUAUUUUUUGUCUGUUCUGAAUUAUAUAACUUGGUCCCACACUUUAGCAUUGCAUUCAGUAUGUAUGGUUUAUGAUAUAACAAUUAUCUGUUCGGUCAGCUGUAUAUGUACAUACAUAAUUUCCAAUAAUACCGGAUUGCACAUAACACUUACAUUUAAAUUCCUUAUUAAAAUUGCUCCACGUCAACACACAAUACCAGGUGUUUUAAAAUUUGUUAAUGUGGCCACAAAUUUGUGUGUGGUUGGUAACGGUAGGAUAUUCAGGAUUUAAGGGUUUAUAUAUACAUACAAUAACCAUACAACUAAAUUUUCUCUAAUUUGUGAUAGACUUUUUAAUUCGAAAUGACCACCCCCUUGGAUAGAACGGAUCAACCCGACUUCCAAUCUUUCAUCCUAAACCCGCUUGAUAUACCAACAAUCUUGUCAAAAAUUCUGGCAUAUUUACCCCUUCACGAUUUACGAAGCACGCGAUUAGUAAACUCUACCUGGAAGUUGGAAUCCGACCCGUAUUAUCUCGAGGAAGGAAUAUUCCGUUUUGACACUUCUCGUCGCAUCGCCAAAUUAAACAGAUACAUUGCUUCGUAUCUUCACGAAGGAUGGAGACAUCGCAACUUUUCUCUCGAUCCGACAAUACCUACGGAUUGUUUAAAAGCGUUCUUUAAUAUUUGUGGCAUCUUUAUAACCAGUCUCGAAUUAAGCAAAGUCUCUCAUCACAAUUUUAACUUUUUACGCGAUACACCAAACUUGGUCAAACUUUCCCUUCGUUUCGUCGUGGACGAUGUUGAUGGGUCCAAAUUCGUCAGAACUCUAAAUUCAGACACUUUGCAACUGAAGAACUUGCAGAUUUUCAACGUGGGAAUCAGAUUUUGGCGAUAUCUUCUUCCCAGCGAAAUUACUAUGGUCGCAGUUUACUUGCUGCAAUUGUGUAGAAAUGUAACCACGCUCAAAUUUGAGGAAGGAUAUUGCGACAGUCAAUUGCAAAAUGUGUGCGUUCAAUUAAUUUCAGAAAGAGAUGAAUUAGUGCCAAAUUUGAGAAAUAUCACAACUUCACGUUUUGGAGCAAAUAUGGUAAAAAUGCUCAAAGCGAUGGACAGACCUGUGACUGGGAUAAAAUGUGGGAUCAAUUUGAAAACCGAGGAAGAACUGAAUGACUUGGAGAUAAUUAUGAUGAAAUUUUCCCAGACUUUGGAAGUAUUAGAAUUGGAUGUCCUCGAGGUCCACAAGGGAAUUGGAAAUGAGUUUACUUUUGUAAAAAUGCCACAAUUAAGAAAGCUAGCGAUCCGGUUUCUAAAGCACGAUGAUGCAAACUGCAAUCUAAUUGAGUUGAUUGGCAGAAAAAUAGCGGACAAAGCGAUAUUGAAGGAGCGACUUCCGCAAUUACAAUCUUACAAAGUUACUUUUGGUGCCAGAUUGAUCAAGAAAUUACAUAACUAAAAGUUGGGGUUCUAUUCUGUUCUUGUAUUAUCUGUAUGUUCGGAAGCGAUUACAAUUUAACCAAACAUGUGUGGAAGAAGAUUGCAUGGACGUAUUAAAUCGAAUUAUUUACAGAUCGGUAUUAAUGUGGCCUUCGACUGGCAAGAAAUGGAUGUAUUAAUUGCGACAAAACUAUAACUGAACAACUCAGCCUUGUCACAAAGUAUGUAAUACACACACCAAAUCUGUCAUGUAAUUUGUCCAUGAAUAAAUCAUGCUCGAUGAGAAACUAAAAUACUGA